AUGGAUGUCCUACUCGCAUCAUACCAGUUGCCCGAUGACGGAACGCAGACAAUGCAUGUCACCGAUAAUGCAGAUAUCGAUGAUGUAACAUACCGUGCCGUCCGAAGAUCCAGUGCCUUGACUGCGAAGACGGAUCUAGCCCAUUACCUCACGUAUCUGAUGAGCGGCGAGGCCCAGGAAGAAAGUAUAAAGAUCCUGCGGACCUGUAGUCUUUACGAUCCGGGAUAUCCGGGGAAAUGCCAUUCUUUCGAAAUGGUAGCAAACUACAUGGUGCUCAGAGACUGGGACGAUGAAUGUCACCACUUUCUCCGGCAAGUCAGUAUCGCCUUUUGUCGGAUUGAAUCUGGCAACAAUGCGUAUCAUGGCCCCGGAUGGGAUGUAGGCCGAGAUCCGCUCAGUGACAACGAGUUCUUUCAUCAUCCUACGAUCAAGAUUCGCGUAUUUAUCUGCCUUUGGCUGCUCCGAUACAAAUUGCUUGUCGGGUUCGAGCAACUGCAAGCGGUCCGAGAACAGGUAGGACAAAUAUUCCCCACAGAACUCGUGGAUAUGAUACAAGAACGUGCAGCAGUCAACGGAAUUCUGGCAAAAGGCCCAAGCUUGGCCCGAGGAGAUCAUUGUGCAAGGAUUGAAGAUCUCCGCAAAGAACUUCAAGAGUUGUGGUCUACAGUCCAUCGUCGUAAUCCUUUGAUAUGGGCAGUUCUGCUUGGCAAGAAGUUCAAAGAAAAGCACACCUGCAAGCCCAGAAAGUCAAAUAAAGCGUCAUGCCGAAAGUGCCAGGUCCAAGACAUUAAUCUAAAGGACAUAAUUGCUUCAUGGGAAAGUGUCCCUGGAGCGUUGGACUGCAUCAGACGGCUGUGCAACACUUCAGGGAACCGCUCGUUCACCCCGAUUUAUGAGUCGGCCUGA